AUGUCCUCGUUACGAACAACGGCCUCGGCAGCGCGCCUGUUGCGCAGUGCGCCGCAUGCCCGCGCCGUCCUCCCUGCCACGCGGCGUUACGAGAGUGCAAUGGCCGACGGGAAGGUCCCGGCGAAGGUCCCAGCGAACGCGACGGAGAAGGAGAAAAAGGAGACCUCACCAAUGGCUACCUUGCCUCGGAAUGCGCCAGACUACAAUGUUCCUAUCGACAUGGCUACCUCCACCUUCACGCCGGUUCCCAAGCACGUCCAGGACGGCAGCGAGGAAGGCGUCCUGCCCGCCGGCCUCAUUUCCGGUGCACCAAUUGAACUGCAAGCCAGGACAGUCCGCAUCUUCAAGCCGGCCAAACCUGCCACGCAAUCAGGCGACCACGUCGGCAGCCGGUGGCGCAUGGACUGGGACGUGCUGGGCAAGGGUCACCGGUGGGAGAACCCGCUGAUGGGCUGGCAGUCGUCGGCCGACCACAUGCAGGGUACACACAUACACUUCAAGAGCAAGGAGGACGCCAUUGCGUUUGCAGAGAAGCAAGGCUACGAAUACUUUGUGCAGGAGCCCAAUGAGCGCAAGUUCACCCCCAAGGCGUAUGCCAACAACUUCCUCUACUCGCCCGGCAAGCUCAAGCACAUCCGGACCAAGUAG